UGCGCAAACCUCCCAGAGUGCUGUGCGCUUUUGCCAUCUUGUCUGGUCUAGGCGAGUUGACUAAGGCAAAAGCGGCAGUUAGCUUGCUAGCUUGCUUCAGUACAGAAGAAGGAAUCCUGACAGCUAUUACUGCUCAAUAUAGUGAGCUCUCCUGACGACGGCACAGCUAAACUUUGUUAGUUAGAAGUCGUUGUUGAGGGAUAUUUGUUCUUUUUUGAGAGUUUGUAGGUGGACAUAAUGGAUUUGUUUAUAUGAUGUCGUACAUGCUGGUUCCAAGGAAGGGAAAGAACUAGCUAACGUAACUAGCUGGCUACCUUUUGGGCUAACUAGUUAGCCAGCUACAGCUUGCUAAAAGGGAGAGUGGUGAAGAACGGGCCCGCCUCAGACUAAAGUAUCAGUAGCAGCUGGUGAGCUGUAACUGCGACAGGGGCCUGCUUGCAACUCCGGAGCCGGGACAACACUUCACGGAGGAGGCCAGGUCUGGAAGAACCAAAGGAGGAGAGGUUGUGUGUCAGGGAGGCUGGUCCCUGCUCCCGCUGACUGAUACGGCCAACUCCGAGUUCCGAGGAAGAGGGCUAGCUCAUUGCUGGCUUUUACGGAGAUAUUGGGGAACACAUGAUGUCGCAUACUAGUUUUUGUCGUAGUUACAAACUGUGAACUGCUAACUUAAGAUAGUGAUAUUUAGCUAACUUGUCAAGUUGAGACACCAACCACUUUUAUCUGGAAAUAGAGGCGGGAGAGGCAUUGAUAUUCAACAUGUCAAAAAUGCCGGCAAAGAAGAAGAGCUGUUUUCAGAUCACAAGUGUGACUCAGGCUCAGGUGGCGGCCAGUACCAACACGGAUGACACUGAAAGCCUGGACGACCCAGAUGAAUCUAGGACUGAGGAUGUUUCGUCGGAAAUUUUCGACGUGUCUCGGGCCGAUUUGGGGGUAUGUGAAAGGAGUUCAUCCGAGGAAACCUUAAACAACGUAGGUGAUGCAGAGGCUGCUGCAGUAAUGGCGUUACAGUUAUCGUUAUCUCAAGAGGGGCCGCCACCGCUAGCAACAGGUCCUGUCAACGGGGGUCUUUCUGUUAAAAGUUCAGGCGCUGGUCAUGGUAUUACGCACGUUUUAGGAGGAAAUGUGCCUCCGCCAGCCGCAAGUCUGCCCUCCAUUCCAACUACGGCAACCCAGCAGCCACCAUCCGUUAAUGCUGGCCCUGCGGCGAACGUUGCUGCCAGCGUGUCCCAAGCACCCCUGGCGGCCACAACCUCGACAACAACAAGUUAUAGUUCACGUUUCAGGGUCAUUAAACUUGACCAUGGUACAGGAGAGCCCUUCCGAAGGGGAAGAUGGACUUGCACAGAGUUCUAUGAGAGAGAUUCCGAUGGGUCUAGUAUGAGUAGGACUGUGGAUAGUAUAAAACACGCUGUCACCCUUGAUCACAAUGUAGACAGUGGGUUAGGGACUACUGGUGGCUCUGUAGUCGUUCCCACCAUCCUCCCAGCACAGAACCAGGAGUCCACCUCUGACAGCGGCUACUCAAUUGCCCACCAUGGCCAUCUCCCGGAGCCUCAGCAGCAAGGCUACGGCUUAGCCCCUCAGAUAGGGAGCACAGCAAGUGCCUUCCAGCCCACUGGGUACUCAGCUGUGGGGUCUCAACCUUCCCAACAGGCCCAGGUCAACGCACAGCCUGCUGCCCCCCAAACUCUCCUCCCUGGGGGGCUCAAUGGUAUGCCCCCAGGUACCAUGCUGCAGAAAUCCACCAUCAUGCCUCCUGCCACGCAGGCCCAGCAGUUGACCUAUUCCGCUCAUCCUGCGGGCAUCUCGACGACCCAGCCAGACUACAGACAGCAGCACUUUGCUCAGAUCCAGCCGCAGGGAUCCGGCAUUCAGACCCUUCUCAUGGCCUCUCCAUCCAUGGGACCUCCAGUAAGCCAGGGACCCUCACCUGUCAUGACCCCUGUUGGGGCUGGGGCCCAGGGGCUGGGGCUAGGCGCUCAUGCUGGGGAGGUUCCUGGGACCUUACUUGGUGGUCAGGCAGCCUCGGGCCAGGGACUGUUGUUACAGGUGGGGGGCGGUGUAGCAUCAGGCCUUCCAGGUGGUGCCCUCCAGCAGCCUGUGAGCCAGCCCCAGCCUUCCACCACCCACACCGGUGUUCAGAACGUGCCUGCCACAGUGCCCAGCGCCACCAACACCCCGCCGGGCAUGCCAGGUGUCGUCCCCCAGGCCCAGGUAGCCCGUGGAGGGGCUUCAACGGUGGACCCGGCCGCCGGCUUCCCCCAGGGGGAGGAGGGCCGCAGGAAGUCGGAAGCCCUACCUCAGCCCAGCUUCACAAAGCCUUUCAUCCCCGAAAGCCUACAUCUCGCCACUCCCACCGUCAACAGUCUGUUUGGGAUAGCUAUCCCCAUCGAUGGGGAUGAGGACAGUACAUCUGGUGCUAGCGUUGUAGCCAUCGAUAACAAGAUUGAGCAGGCAAUGGAUUUGGUGAAGAGCCAUCUGAUGUAUGCGGUGCGCGAGGAGGUGGAGGUGCUGAAGGAGCAGAUCAAGGAGCUGUACGAGAGGAACUCUAUGCUGGAGCGGGAGAACGCCGUGCUCAAGUCCCUGGCCAACAGCGACCAGCUCACCCAGCUGUCCACCCAGCUCAGCCCGGUGGGCAGCACCUCCCCGCCCCAGCAGCAGGCCGGCCUCCCCCCUACAGCCAGCACCACCACCCCCCUGGGCCACCACCAGGAGGGCAGCCAGGCCCUCGGCACCCCCGUGCAGCCUAACGUCACCUCAGCGUGAUCCCCCCCCCUGCCUCUCACUCACACACCUCCCAUCGUCACGGAAGCGAGGGAUCCCACACCCCACCCCACCCAGAAAACAACCCUCAUCCCAGCUACUUAAAAAAAAAAAAAAAAAGAGAAGAAAAAAAAGCUCAGAACUGCAUUUGAUAUGUUUUUUGGGGUUAGGGUUUUGGGGGGACAGGAAAAAUGCAACACAAUCAGCCUUGUUUGCCACCCUGGUCUCCGACUCGCGUGAUAAGCCAUGCUUCGCUGUGUGCGCGCUGCUCUUUGGGCCUUCCCAGUAUUAGACAAGUUGUCUGUUAUCCUGUGAGAGCGUCCGUUUGGCCAGGCGGCCCAUGUACGCGCCAGGGCAGCCUGGGCGAGGUUUCCGGGCGCGGCGCGGCCGUGUUCGCCCAGGGCAAGAAGAGAGGUGGUGGGGGCGCUCAGCUUGAUUUGGUGGUGGGCGAAACCGCAAACUGGGGGCGAAGGUGUUCCCAAGCAUCCUAGGAGACCAUGGAUUGUACUCCAGUUACCCUUACCUCUUGGCUCUAUGCAGCCAUUUGGCGGGGGACGAGAGGAGAGAAGGACUAAUGAGACUGACACAGAAGAGUAGGUUCACUGACCAAAAGAAGGUAGACUGUGAGCCUUUGCUUUUUUUUUUUUCUUUUUUUUACGCUGCAAGACUAGUUUAUUUUUCUCUUCUUCUACUGCCCCCCCCCCCCCCCCACCACAAAAAAAGCCACCAUACCUAGACAUCUGUCACAAUACUCUUAUAAGUUCAGUUUUACUGUUUGCAUUUAUUUAUUUCAGGGCUGCUAUUUUCAUAAUGUAAAUGAACAAUGUCACAGACAUACUUCUAUAAAAAUUUAAAAAAUUACAGUUCUUUUUGUUUUUUGGUAUGUUAGAUAAUUGGUCAGGUAUUCCAUUAGUAGUCUAUAUUGCAACAAGUAGUUCCUGUGUAGGCAAUAAGAAUAUGAAUCCUUCAGCAAGGCAAUUUCCCCAUGGCGUAGUGCUAACACUAAAGGCAGUUAACUUCAAAUCCAGGUUGAAUGUACAUUUUUGUAAAGCGUGUAAAGUAUUAAAGAGCAUGGAGGGUUUGUACAGGGGAACGUAAGUUCUAGAAAUAUAUCUUCAGUGGUAUGUUUUGAUGAAGAAAACUGUUCAUUUACUUUGCUAUAGUUUCUUUGUCAAAAAAUAAAGAGAGAUUGCCAUACUUCCCCAACCUUACGGAAUUCUACUUUCGCAUACUUUCUUUUUUGGGCUGAGGGUGAAAAGCUGUGAAAUUGUUCAACCUACUUUGUAACCAAAGACGUAAAGCUGUGUAAGACUUCUUCUUUUUUUUUUCUUUUUUUUUUAUGCACACACUUUAUGUAUUAUUUUUUACUUUCUCCUUCACUUUAUUUUCGUUGUUGCUGUUUAGCAUGUCUUGCAUGAUCUAUAAUCAAACCACUUUCUUACCUCAUGUUUGUAUCGAGCACUCUUAUCAUAACAUUAACUAGUCAGUCUGUGAAAGAUGGAGAAAGAAUGGAGCCCGGAGUCAGGGGAAAUAGAAUGGUAGAAGAAGAGAAUUUGGAGGGAAUUAAAAAUAAAUCGACUGUUGCGUUGCAGAAAGGUCUAGUGUGGCGCACACUAGUCACAAAAUGAAGUGAGACAUCUUUUCUUUCUUUUUUUGUAAGUGUAAAUGGUGUUUUGAAUUUCAUAUGCAGACAACACAUUUUGUUACAUUGCAAAUGUUAAUGUAUUUAAUGAAUGCAAGCGUUUAGAUUCCGGUUGUAGUGUACCAACACGUACUUUGUUGAAAAGAAUGACAACCAUACCUGAAAAUAUAAAAAGUGAACUCAAUGGAAACCAAUGUACAUUUCACACAACUCCAGUUAGAACCCAGUCAAAUUCAGUGUGAGCCUAUGAGAGAUGUCUUGUCUGUGUUACAUGUCUUUUGUGCCUCCUGUACCAUGUGUCUCCUGUUGGAGGCAUCCUGGUUCAUUCUUUGUGGCUUAGAACCAAACCAAAAUGGUCUAUAAUUGUACAAUCAGUCAUCUUUAUGGGAUGAACUUGGAUUUCACUUUCUGCAGCUGUUUUUUUUUUUUUUUUUUUUUAGUUUCUGUUUGAAGGAAGACGCCGUGUACAUGCCAAGUGUACUGUAUGAACGUGAUCACUGAGCCUUGGAGAAAAUAUCUUAACGAUGCCCUUGUAAUGUGCUGUUCUGACAAUUUUAGUUUUUAGUCAAAUAAAUUACUGUUUUAUUAAGAAUGUCA